CUUGUGUUCUAAAAAUGGCACGUCUUGCGCUUACAAUUUAUAUAUCAUUUUUAUUUGCUUGCAUUUCUGCCAUUUCCUGGGGAGAUAUAGACGAAUAUUUGGACAGUAAUAAUAACAACAUUCCAAUUGAGCAAGAUCUAUACAGAGUAGUCGAAGAGAAUAACGAUUUUAUUAAAGCUAUUCCGUCGAAUCAAUUUUAUUUUUCGAAUUCUCAAUUUUUGCAACCACGCAUUACAACCAUUUCCACUGGAUCGACAAUAACAUAUGUACUUGGUAAACGAGUGAACGGUGAUCGUCUGGUGGCGUCAGGAUCUCAAAACGAACAAUGGUCUGUGGCACAGAAUAUAUCCCAAAAAUUAACUUAUCCAAGAGUUGGAAUUGGUUCUAUUAUCACCUUUGUUCAAAUUACUAUUGCUCAAAGUUCCAGCCUUGGUCGCGGUCUCGUGUCAAGUGGUGGCAUUGGUCAACGACAAAUUUCAAUCACUAUUGACGCUUUGAAAACGCUACAUUUCCGACAAAAUACAUAUGUUUAUGGCUUUUGAGCACAUGCCUUGAUUAUUUGCACUUUUUUCUUUACUUCAUA